AUGAAGACCAGGUCUGCCCCAGCUAAGGCUAAGGCCUCCAAUGACUCUAAAGACUCCGAACAAAAAUCGAAAUCCCUCGUCCCCGCAGAAAAGCCAAGCAAAACUUUCAUUCUGCCGUCCGGCGCAGGCGAUAAUGCACGACUAUUGUCCCUCCCGCAGCCCCAAUCGGGGGAGCUAGGUCGCUAUUUCUUCUGUCCGGAUCGCGGUGUAUACGAAUUCACAGUUGUCGCGCCGCCUGCGCAUUCGGCGCGCAGCAUCCUCUUCACACACCCAGCCCGCGAAACCACCCCCUCGGAAGACAAUGCUACUACGAAGCCAUCUUUGCAAGGAUCAAUCACCAAAAAGGCGGAACUUCUCGUCGCAACACCCAUUGAUGCCAUGUUCUUCGUGGUUUCAUUGCUGGCAUCCUCUUCAAAAUCAGGGCCUGCUCUGUUCCAGCCACUGGAUGAUAUAAUCGACUCACAAGACGACAUGCCCCAGCACCUGCGCCAAGUUCUCUAUGACGGAAAUUUCCGAAGCUCUCUGCUGUCGCGUGUUGAAGCUAUCUGUGAUGUGGUCGAGGCUGGAGACGAGAAGAUGUUCCGAUUUAGUGAAAUGAAGCUCGUCAAGGAAUUGAUCGCAAAAGCAGAACGCAUGGCGGACCGGGGACUUCCUGCCAGUUUGGAGGAACGGUUCAUCCGCCAGGCAUUGGCUACGCCUUUGAUGGCGGUCAAACGGCAAGAUGUGGUCACUACCCAAGAACCAUCCGAGAAUGAAUCCGGGGCAAAAUCAGAGGAGGAGCAGGGUUCUCCGUCGACAGUGGCAGCAACUGCAACUCCUUCGAUAUCGACACCUGCAGGGGAAUCCACACCAGUUCCACAGCCAGAAGAAGAGGACCCAUCAGUGAAAAACGUCACUCGGUUGCUUAAGAUUUCCACGGCUUUAUCUUUCAUGAAGGAAUCUUAUUUGCCGGCCGCCGUGGCAUUGCGUUUAGAUGAAAUCCUUGCGUCAGCAGAGAGUCCUCUUGAUUUCAAACCGCUGAAGGACAGACUCAAGGAAAUUGCAGAGCUUCGUGCCCAAGCUCUAGCUUCGCGUGACAUGUCCAACUUCACAAGGAAGCGUGGCCUUGAUGACGAAGAAGAGGACACGAGAGCCGAGAAGAAGCGUCGCAAGGACGAGGAAGAUAAGAAGGCUAAAGCGGCAGAGUCACAGGGAGUGAAGAACCUGAAAAAGGUCAACACCAGUGGCAUGGCGAAGAUGAGCUCUUUCUUUGCUAAAGCCCCUCCCAAGAAGAAGGCUUGA